AGGGCUGGGGAGUAACGGAAAGCCGGGGAGGGGACCCCGAGGGAUACUAGAAGACGAGCAGCCGUUGUACAGGAGCAGCCGAGAGUGGGCGUGUGUGCGUGUGUGGUGGGGGAGAAACGAAGAUGGCCGGGUGCGCAGCGGGAACCCAGGAGUCGCCGGCAGUGCCGGCUGCAGCUGCGACUCCAGGUCUGUGACUUCGCGUGCGGCAGCGAUCCGGGCGGAGCGGGAGGCGCAGGCAGCGGCGCGCAAGGCCGGACGGGCGCCUGUGCGAGGGCGCCGGGCGGAGGAUGCGCCGGGCGCGGCGGGCGGCUCCCCGCAGCCGCCCCCGCGCCCCGGGCGCCGGGCCUUAGUGCUGGCGGAGGAGGCGGUGCGCGCGGGGCGGCCGGGCGGCGGCGGAGCCCGCGCCGUCAUGCCCUGGCUGAGCGGCGGCCGGCGGCGACGGCGAGGGCAGCCGCCCGAGGCCCCACGGGAACCGCCGCCCGCGCAGCCCCAGCGGGAGCCACCGUCGCCGGCGUCCCCCGUCGCGGCCCCCACGCCCCCCGCGCAGCCGGCGAGGGCUCGGGAGAGCGCGGAGCUGCCGCUGCCGGCUGGCUGGGAGGAGGCGCGCGACUACGAUGGCCGCGUCUUCUACAUCGACCACAACACGCGUCAGACUUCUUGGAUCGACCCUCGCGACCGGAUAACAAAGCCGUUGACCUUUGCCGAUUGUGUUGGGGACGAGCUUCCUUUAGGAUGGGAAACUGUGUAUGAUAAACAAAUUGGAAUUUAUUACAUGGACCACAUAAAUAAGCUUACCCAGAUUGAGGACCCCCGAGAGCAGUGGCGGCGAGAGCAGGAACGCAUGUUGAAGGAAUAUUUAAUUGUAGCCCAAGAAGCUCUCAAUGCCAAGAAAGAAAUCUACCAGAUUAAGCAGCAGCGGUUCGAGCUGGCUCAAGAGGAAUACCAGCAGCUGCACAAAAUGUGUGAGGACGACAGCCGGUCCUACGCCAGCUCAUUCUCUGGAUAUUCAACAAAUACAAAGUACGACCCACACCAAAUUAAAGCAGAAAUAGCAAGUCGUCGGGAUAGGCUUUCCAGAUUAAAACGAGAGCUGACCCAGAUGAAGCAGGAACUGCAGUACAAAGAAAAGGGGGUGGAGACCCUGCAAGAGAUUGAUCGGAAGAUGUCAAGUGCUCACACCAGCUACAAACUGGAUGAGGCACAAGCUAUCAUGACAGAGCUCCGGACCAUCAAGAAAGCCAUUUGUACAGGGGAGAAGGAGAGGCGGGACCUGAUGCAGAGCCUGGUCCAGCUGACUGAUGGCUUUAAGAACAGCUGCUCCAUUACCGACUCUCCACAAGAUUUCCCACGUGAUCCAGGUGCACUUGGCCAUUCUGGUUUACCUCAGCAGUUCUGUGACGCUGGCUCUCAGACAGAGCUUGUCUUUGAUGAUAAAACAAGACUGGUAGACCGAGUUAGACUUAACUGGCAGUAUGAGGAAGCCAGAAAGAGAGUUUCAAACAUCCAGCAGCAGCUGGCCCAGCUUGAAAACGAGUCCUGGCCUGGCAUGGCUGAGGCCGACAGGGACCGGCUGCAGCUCAUCAAAGAGAAGGAAGCCCUGCUCCAAGACCUGCAGCUCAUCAUUCAGCAGCGGCGCUCGGUGGAGGACGUGGGCCGUCUGGAGCAGGAGCGCAGGCGGCUAGAGGAUGAGCUGCAGCGUGCACGGGCCACGUCUGUGCAGGGCGCUACCGAGAGGAUUCUACUUCAGGAAAAAAGAAAUUGUCUGCUUAUGCAGCUAGAAGAAGCCACCCGCUUAGCAUCCUAUCUCCAGUCCCAGUUGAAAAGCCUGUCUGCCAGCACCCUGACGGUGUCCUCGGGGAGCAGCCGUGGGUCCCUGGCCUCCAGCCGAGGCUCACUCGCCUCCAGCCGUGGGUCCCUGAGCUCCAUCAGCUUCACCGACAUCUACGGCCUCCCGCAGUACGAGAAGGCCGACGCUGAGUGCGGCCAGGUCCUGCGCUUCGAUCUCAUCCCCUUCGACUACCUGGGACGGGAUGCUCCCUUGCCAGACCCCCCGAGCCACUCAGGCCUCCACAAGCAAAGGCGGUCCUUGGACACGCCCCAGUCUCUGGCAUCGCUGUCCUCCCGCUCAUCCCUGUCUUCUUUGUCACCCCCAAGCUCACCCUUGGACACACCUUUCCUCCCGGCCUCCCGGGACUCACCUCUGGCACAGUUGGCGGAUGGUUUUGAGGUGCCAGGCCUGGGUGCCCUGGACAGACUGCGGGCUCAGGCCUCUGCUUUGGGGGAUGAAGAUUUGCAGGCCACAGUGUCCCUUCAGCCUCGCGGAUUCCCUGGGGAUGGGGAAGGACCGCACGAACGAGGACCCCAAUUGGCCGGGGCUCCCAUGGGUGGACCAGUGACUCUUCGAGAAGAUGGUGCCAAGAGGCUGGAGAGAAGAGCACGCCGCAUCUCUGCAUGCCUGUCGGAUUAUUCGCUGGCAAGCGACAGCGGGGUAUUUGAACCCCUAACCAAAAGGAAUGAAGAUGCUGAGGAAUGUGCCUACGGGGACACAGGCAGUAAUGAAGACCCCCAGAUCCAUGUGGGCAUUUUGCAUGACAGUGUCAGCGAGUGUCUCCUGGUGCACGUGCUGCAGCUGAAGAACCCUGCAGGGCUGGCAGUGAAGGAAGACUGCAAAGUCCACGUCCGCGUUUAUCUGUCCCCGCUGGACUCUGGCACGCCCAACACCUACUGCUCCAAAGCGCUGGAAUUCCAAGCACCACUAGUGUGUAAUGAGGUUUUCAGAAUCCCUGUGCAGCCCAGCAUGCUGGUGUUGAAGUCACUCCAGUUGUACGUGUGUUCGGUGAGCCUGCAGCUGCAGGAGGAGCUGCUGGGCAUUGCUCAGAUUAACUUGGCCGACUAUGACAGUUCCGGUGACAUGCAGCUACGCUGGCACCCCGUCCAGGUCUUCACCAGCCCAGAGCCCCCACGGACCAGGGAGGAGAGCUCGGCUGAGGACCCCGCCUCUGGCAAGACGGACGCAGUGACAGCACUGCUGGCCAGGACCACAGCCCAGCUGCAGGCGGUAGAGAGGGAGCUGGCCAAGGAGCAGGUGAGGCUGGAGUGCGCUGAGGAGGAAAACCUGGAGAUGGAGCAGAAGGAAGAGCGGGCUGAGGCCGUGUCAGAUCGGAGUUGGCAGGCGGACUCGGUGGAUAGUGGUUGUAGCAACUGCACCCAGACCAGCCCCCUAUACCCAGAACCCUGUUGUGUUGGUGUCGAUGCCAUCCUGGGACAUGCCUUUGCUGGCCAGGCAGAUGCUUACAGCCCUGAGAAACGUCAGCCCCUGCCCCUUAAGGUUGAUAAGGAAACCAACACAGAAGAUCUCUUCCCAGAAGCAGCCGUGGGUGCUUUGCAGGAGCGGCCCAGCCGCCGGGCCCGAGGGUCCCCUUUUGUUCGCAGUAGCACUAUUGUCCGAUCUCAGACCUUCUCACCUGGAGCACGAAGCCAGUAUGUUUGCAGGCUUUAUCGUAGUGACAGUGACAGUUCAACACUGCCCCGGAAGUCCCCCUUUGUCCGAAAUACUUUGGAAAGACGAACUCUUCGCUACAAGCAGUCCUGCAGGUCUUCCCUGGCAGAGCUCAUGGCCCGCACCUCCCUGGACCUGGAGCUGGAUCUCCAGGCGUCAAGAACACGGCAGAGGCAACUGAAUGAGGAGCUGUGCGCCCUGCGUGAGCUGAGACAGCGCUUGGAAGAUGCCCAGCUGCGAGGCCAGACUGACCUCCCACACUGGGUGCUGCGGGACGAGCGUUUCCGCAACCUGCUGAAGGAGGCUGAGAGGCAGACACGACAAACCAAACUCGACUACCAUCAAGAACAGGCCGCCGAGAAGAUGUUGAAGAAGGCCUCUAAAGAGAUCUUCCAGCUUCGAGGGCAGAACAGCAAAGAGCCCAUCCAAGUGCAGACCUUCAGGGAGAAGAUAGCAUUUUUUACAAGACCAAGGAUUAACAUACCUCCUCUCCCAGCUGAUGACGUUUGAUAUCAUGCGUUGUGCACAUGAAAUAUUUAUCUGCCUGUUUAUUUUCAUGAAGUUCUUAGACUAGCUAAAUUUGUCCUUAAAAUAUUUGUGCAAAGCUAUUAAUAUACACAUUUUGUAAAAAAAAAAAAAAAAAAACCGCAUAUAUCUAUACAUAUAUAUUUUAUAAUAGUGACGGCAACAGGGCUUGGUUUUUCCUUGUUGUGAAAUCGACAUCUCUGAAGACAGGUUAUUUUAUAAAAGAUCAACUAUCAUGUUAAGAAUGUACAGUUUUUACACUGUUUUAUUUGACUUAAAGGCUGGAAGACAGAAACGAAGUGAGUUCAGGCAAAUUCACUGUAUUGUAAUUUAUUUAUAGUACUUUUUUUUUUCCUUGAAGGAAAAUACUGACUUUAAGAUUUAUUUUGAGACUGAAAUUUUGUUCUUCAGUAUUUGUCAUGCAGUAGAAUGAAGCUUGGGGCGGUUUUGUUUUUGACACCUGAAAUGCAAACACUAUGUGCUAAACUUGUCACUUGUAUCAGUUUCUCAUAUGUGCAUUUACCAAGUAUAUUGUACACGUUCGCUCUCUUCGUGUUAUGUUAAAAUGUCACCUGCAGGAGUUCAGUUGUAAUUCACAAGUGUGUGAGCAUUGCAGAGGUCAGUCUCCGAUGUGGACUGCCACUGACCGUUCCUCAUUUCUAUGUUGUCUUCUGAUGUAUCUUUCUGUGCCCCCAUGGGUCUGAAGCAGGCGAUAGAGCCACCCUGUCCUGGACUUCAAUCUGCCUGUCCACGGUGGCCAUCCACGCUGCCCAUUCUCUGAGCAUGCACAGCCUGCUUCCCGUCCGACCUGUCUGACUGUAACAGACCAGGAGGGUGGUAGGAACUCCUGCCAUGCCACUGUGUCAUGAAGGAAAGUGAAAAGGGAACUGGUAAUGCCCAUUUUCAGUGACUCUGUGGGUGAACGUAGCAGUUAUGUCACAGACAUGAUCACCUUUGAAGGUGCUUUUUGGGGGCAGGGAAGGAUGUGGGUAACUGGAGUUACCCAGUGAGUGAUUACAAGAGUGUAUUUGAUUAAAAUGAGAAUGGCCCCCGUGCUGCAGCCUACCUGAUGUUCCUCAAGUAAUCUGAGAACUAGCUCAUGAGGAAAAAAACCUUUUAAUGUAAUAAAAGUGUGCCAUUAUUCUUUUAAAUGCCAAAUGAUAUAAAUAUUUUGCCUAAUAUGUAUUUAUUACACAUGAAAUGCACUCUCCUUUAUGAGACCUUAGAAGAGUGAAUGAGAUGAGUCACAGAAAAUGUCAAAGAAAACAGAAUUCUCUCUUCCUAGGUCUUUCUCCCUUGGAAAUGUCCCUUUUAAUCAGGUUUUUCCUCUCUUCCCAUCAAUUGGUAACCUUCCCCUCAUAUAACCCACUUUCCUUUUUACAUUUAUUAAAAGUGAAUUUUAUAAAAGCAUUUCAUUAACACGCGACCUAUCACAGACAAUGGAAUUUGUCAGUGGUGGUUAAGACUGAAAACUUUAUGCUUUUCACAAUUGUCUCUUGCUAUGUAUUUCUGCCUCUAGUCUUGCUUCUUUUGCCUUUUUUUUUUUCUUGCCAAUUCCUUUUUAUAUGUGCCACCACAGAGGUAGAUGGGCAGCCACAAAGUAUCCAUGGGUUCUUAACUGGCAUUGCUUAGCAGGCCUCUGGGACCCAAGCUGUUGACACUUUCAACUCCAGCCAAGAACCCUGCACCUCUGCACUCCAAGGUGCACAGGGCGCCAAUGGUUUCUGCCUUGGGCUCAGGGCUCCUCGGCGCAGGGCAAGCCCCUUCAAGUAGCAAGGUAGGGGAAACCCACUAUGCCAGAACAGAAAGCCCCAUACAAGUGUUUUCAAAUCAGUUUCACUUCCCAGUUUAUGCAGAUUUCUUUUUUUCUUUUUAUUAAAUCAUAGCUGUGUACAUCAAUAUGAUCAUGGGGCACCAUACACUUGGUUCAUAUGCAGAUUUCCGUUUAGAGGGUCCCCUUCUCACCUCAUCAAGGUUUUUCUAAAAGAAUCCCACUGCUUCUCUGCGAGAAGCAAAUACAGCCCUGCUUUGGGGUCAGUCCGGGGAGCAGUGGUGUUUACCAUCCCCACUGCCCAUGUCUGCUUCUGCAGCUGGACAUGGCCCUGGCAAGGAAAGGAAGUUAAGACCAAUGGAAGCAGGAGAGCCGGCCGUUCUGCACAGGCACACUGUGGAGCACUCCCAUUCUGCGCCUCGUUCAUGACAGGGUUCUGCAGCUAAUGCCUAGUUAAGACUGCCACUCUAGGGAAUAUCCCACAUGUUAGAAAAGUGAACUCCCAUCAGCUUAAGGGUUAUUUUCAUCUGAUGUCGAAAUUUGGCCAUCCACUGGGCCUUGUAAUAAAAUCCUGUCAGGCUUUAUGGGCUGUUCUGGUCCAGAAACGAUCAGGAUUCUGCCACCAGGGUUCUUUAGAAACAGUGCUGCAUGUAAAAGGGUAUUUGGCUUUUGCUUCAUCUAAUCACUGAAUUGUCAGGCUUUGGUUGAUAAUUGCAGAAAUAAGUAACUUUCUGUUGUGGGAAUAAGUUAUAAUCAGCAUUCAUCUCUUUGUUUUUGUCACUGUUCUCUCUGAUCAUGUCAUUUGUAUUGUUUGAAAAUAUUUCUUCUAUAAAAUUAAACUAAUUUGCCUUAA